CCAUGCCGGGUCCGGUGGCCGGUAGCAAGUCCCGUGUGUACGCAGACGUCAACACGCUGAAGAGCCGGGAGUACUGGGACUACGAGGCCCACGUACCCAACUGGAACAACCAGGAGGACUACCAGCUGGUCCGUAAGCUGGGCAGAGGGAAGUACAGCGAAGUGUUCGAGGCCAUCAACAUCACCAACAAUGAGAAGGUGGUGGUCAAGAUCCUGAAGCCGGUCAAGAAGAAGAAGAUCAAGCGAGAGAUCAAGAUCCUGGAGAACCUGCGAGGAGGGACCAACAUCAUCCGACUGGUGGACACGGUCAAAGACCCGGUGUCCAGAACUCCGGCGCUCGUCUUUGAAUGCAUCAAUAACACAGACUUCAAGGAGCUGUACCAGAAGUUGACAGAUUAUGAUCGUUUCUAUAUGUAUGAACUACUGAAGGCUCUGGACUACUGUCACAGUAUGGGAAUCAUGCACCGUGACGUCAAACCCCACAAUGUGAUGAUCGACCACCAGUUGAGAAAGCUACGCCUUAUAGACUGGGGUUUGGCGGAGUUCUACCACCCAUCCCAGGAGUACAACGUCAGAGUGGCCUCACGAUACUUCAAAGGCCCCGAACUUCUGGUGGACUACCAGAUGUAUGAUUACAGUCUAGACAUGUGGAGCCUGGGCUGUAUGCUGGCCAGUAUGAUUUUUCAGAAAGAGCCCUUCUUCCAUGGACAAGACAACUACGACCAGUUGGUGCGAAUUGCCAAGGUCCUGGGGACAGACGAGCUGUUCGGCUACCUGCGUAAAUACCACAUUGAACUGGACCCGCGCUUCAAAGACCUGCUGGGACAGCAGAGCAGGAAGCGCUGGGAACAGUUUGUGCAGACGGAGAACCAGCACUUGGUGAGUCCUGAGGCUCUGGACCUGCUGGACAAACUGCUACGCUACGACCACCAACAGAGACUGACCGCCACAGAGGCCAUGGAGCACCCCUACUUCUAUCCAGUAAUAAAGGAGCAGUCUCUGUCAAACUCUGACAACAACAUGGUAUCCAGUGGCAACACUACAGCGCGAUGAAACACAGAAGUGGAAGAAGAAGGAUGUUCGUUACCUCAGCUUUGUACCCGGUUGUGACAGUAACUUUGACAAGUGUACAGUGACAAUGGAUCAAAGUAACUCUGACCAGUUACACACUCACAGAUAUGUGCAUACGGAUACACACAUCUAUACACGCACACACACAUCGAUGCAAGCACACCUCUCUACAAACACACACGCAGACAUGUAUACACACACCCUCCUCCUCUGUAUCAGUCUGCGAUUGGCUUGUCCUGGUUCCCUGUCCAGCAGCCUGACCAAUGAGCUUGAAGCUGCUCCCCCCCAUCGCCCCCCUAAAAUCGUCUCUAUCCCCCCAGCUCAGUCUCAUGUAGGUCAACAAGGACAAACUACUUUUAAAGACAAUUCAGUCCCUCCUCCUCUCUGUCGUCCCUCCUUUAUAUCAUCCCCCUCUUUGUUUGCAUCAGCAUGGAGAAUGAACAGGAGCGUGAGCCUGUACAAGUCCCGCCCCCUUCCUCCCCUCCCGACCUGUUCAUCCAUCCGUCUGUCUGUCCCCCUCUCCUCCUCCCUCCCCAUCCUGUCCCCCAACAGACAGACAGACGUCUUAGCACUACUCCAGUUCUGAAAGUGGCAUGGUGGACUCUCUCUAGAUAGAAUGAUGAUGAUAAUAAUAUUAAUGAAAAUAAAUGAUUUUUAUUUAGAUGA